CACACAGACUCGAUCCCCAAAUCCAGAAACAAGCAUCUCUAUGUCACUAUGUCUUCACGCUCUUCCUCCCGACCAUGCCUUCCUCCCUCUCUUCCGCCCUUCCACCACCGCCGUUACCGCUGCCUCCCCUCUCCGACCUCCGUCCUCCUGCCGCUAACGCCACCGCCUCCUCCGUCUCAUGGAACGCCCUCAUUCGCGCCUGCGCCCGAUCCCCCGACCGCAAGCACCUCGCCCUCGUGCUCUACCGCCGCAUGCUCCCCACCGCUCGCCCGGACAACUUCACAUUCCCCGCCGUCCUUACCGCCUGCGCCUUCCUCUCCGCCCUCCCCGAGGGUUUCCAGAUCCACGCACAGCUCCUCAAGCUCGGCUUCGGCGGCAACCUCUACGCCCUCAAUAGCCUUAUCCACUUUUACGCCUCCUGUGGCCACAUGCCCCUCGCCCGCAAGCUGUUCGACGGGAUGUCAUCUCGGUCGCGGGUCUCCUGGAACGUGGCCAUCGACGGGCAUGUCGGAAAUGGGGAGUACGACGCGGCGCUCGCGCUGUUCAGGGCCAUGCAGCACGAGUUCUCGCCCGACGAGUAUACAAUCCAGAGCGUGAUCGGAGCCUGCGGGGCCGUCGCGGCUCUGUCGCUGGGGAUGUGGGCUCACGCGUUGGUGCUGAGGAAGUUUGACAGAAUGGUCGCCGAUGACGUCUUGAUUAACAAUUCGCUGAUCGAUUUGUACGCGAAAUGCGGCUCGAUUGCGAUGGCUAGACAAGUGUUCGAGCGAAUGCCUGCCCGGGACCUGGCCUCCUGGAACGCAAUGAUCUUGGGCUUCGCGAUGCAUGGACGCGACGAGGAGUGCUUCGAUACCUUUGCUAGGUUGGCCAGCGAGAAGAAAUUUAGGCCGAACUCGAUCACGUUCGUCGGCGUCUUGAGCGCGUGCAAUCACGGCGGGCUGGUCAACGAUGGGCGGAGGUAUUUCGACUCGAUGAUCCGCGAGUUCGGGAUCGAGCCUCGGAUCGAACACUACGGCUGCAUGGUUGAUCUUAUCGCUCGGGCAGGACGCAUAGGCGAGGCUCUGGACCUCGUCUCGAGCAUGACUUGCAAGCCCGACGCAGUGAUUUGGAGGAGUCUUCUCGACGCCUGCUGCAAGCAGAAUGCAGGAGUAGAAGUCAGUGAAUCAGUGGCGAGGCAAGCUCUGGAAUCCGACAACGUCGAUUCCAGCGGGGUCUACGUGCUCCUCUCCAGGGUUUACGCCUCGGCGAACAGAUGGAACGACGUGGGUUCGGUUCGUCGGCUGAUGAGCAACGAGGGAGUGAAGAAGGAGCCCGGCUGCAGCUCGAUCGAGACGGACGGCGCGGUGCAUCAGUUCGUCGCCGGCGACACAAGCCAUCCGCAAUCGAACAGGAUCUACGAGAAGCUAAAUGAAGUGGAGCACAGGCUUGCGAUGGUCGGCUACCAGCCGGACUCAUCACAAGCACCUUUGGUGGCUGAACUCGACAGUGUGAAGUGGGACUCACUUCGCUUGCACAGCGAGCGGCUGGCCAUCGCCUUCGGCCUGCUCGAUGCGAAGCCCGGGGAGCCGAUUCGGGUGCUGAAGAACUUGAGGGUCUGCAGAGAUUGCCACACCAUGAUCAAGCUGAUCUCGAGGGUGUACGAUGUGGAGAUCGUGGUGAGAGAUAGGAUCAGAUUUCAUGAGUUUAAAGAUGGUUCUUGUUCUUGCCAGGAUUACUGGUGAGAUUUGGAGGAGGAUAUACCCUUGAUGUAAAUUUAGCGGACUGCAUCUGAAUUCGUGGACAUUUCGUGGAUAACAAUACCGGCUUUUCAUAAAUAAAAAAUAUUAUUCAUAUAUAA